AUGGAGAAGAAAUUGAAAGCGGUGCAACUAAAAAAACGCCAAGCUGUGGAAUUGUUAAAGAACAUUGAAAUAUUCACCAGUGAAUAUACUGACGAUCAAGUGAGCGAAAUACCAGUGUGCCUAGAACAAUUAGAGAAAUAUUACGAUGAUUUUCUCCAGGCAAACGCCAAGGUGUUGGAGCUAGAUGAGGAUGCGGCGGAGACGUAUGUAACGGACCGUUGCGAAAUGGACACGCGUUACCGACGCGUUAAGGGAUUCCUUCUACGAAGGCAACCGUCCAAUCCCGGCGUAAUAAGUGAGUCGAUGUUGAUCGCCAAUUCCACGUUGAACAGUUCGGGACGAUCGAGUGCAGUGAAUUUGCGAUUGCCAAAAAUCGAGUUACCUACAUUCGAUGGUGAUUCGACGAAAUGGCUUUCGUUCCGGGACAGAUUUGUGUCGAUGAUAGAUUCCUCUGCUGACAUUCCCAACAUAAUGAAGCUGCAAUAUCUGUUGUCAUCGUUGAAAGGCGAUGCUGGUUUGCUUUUCGAACAUACCAACCUGACAGCAGAUAAUUACGACGUUGCGUGGUCUGCCUUGCUAAAGCGAUACGACAACCCACGUAUGCUGGUACGCGAGUAUUACAUGAAAAUGCAGCAGCUGCCGGCAAUGAAACGAGAGAGUGUGGACGAGUUGGCACAGUUGGUGAAUGAUGUUACGCGCUAUGUGAACGGGCUGAAGAAACUCAACGAACCUGUGGACUGCUGGGAUGCGCCGCUCGUUAACCUCCUGCUGACAAGACUAGACGCUGCGACCAUCUUGGAUUGGGAAAAACACUCAACUCACCACACAAAAGAUAAGUACAAGGAGUUAGUAGAUUUCUUACAAGAUCGCAUUCGAAUACUUAAGUCUACGCGCGAACUUUCGCAUAAUGGUGAGGGGAGGUUGGGAAUGGUGGGCGGCAGCAAAAGAUCAUCCGAACAGAGACCAAGGGCAGUGGGUAACACAGCGACACUACGAAGAGUGGCACCAAAUGUUCCUUCACCACAGCCAUCGUGUCUUUUGGGUUGUGCGGAAAGUCACCAUUUGCGCAAUUGUCCUGAAUUCGCGAGUAAGGACGUACACCAACGACGUGAAAUGGCCACGCGUGAAAGGUUGUGCUGGAACUGUCUGAAUCGCAAUCACCAUGUGAAGGAUUGUCGUUCAUCGUAUAAGUGCACUACGUGCAAGGCACGACAUCAUUCAUUACUCCACAUGAAUCCAGUAGUAACCAUGGCAGCGCAGUCUGAGGAGGAAAUGGUAUUGCUGGAAACGGUCUUACUCCAGCUUGUGGAUGAUUACGGCAACAAGUUCGACGCUCGAGCCCUACUCGAUUCGGGAUCGAUGUGCAAUUUUAUUUCCGAAAGUAUGGCACAUCGGUUAUUGGCACCACUGUCAAGGGUGAACAUCGUUGUCUCAGGUAUAGGGCAAACGAGACAGCACGUGAAGCGUUCCCUUAAGGCAACAGUUCAGUCAAAGGGUAACGAUUUCUCCGCACCGAUGGAAUUUCUUGUGCUAAAGACUCCGUCAUCAGAAAUUCCAACCACGCCAAUAGACGUACAGUCGUGGAACUUCCCGAAUGUAAGGUUAGCGGAUCCUACCUUCCACAUUCCCGGGAAGGUAGACGUAGUCAUUGGUGGAGAUACCUUUUGGGAAAUGCACACUGGAAGGAAACAAUCAUUGGGCAAUGGUAAACCAUGGCUCAUAGAAACCCCAUUUGGAUGGACGGUCUCCGGGAAUACUUCCCAAUGCACCGUGCCCAUUUUGACGUUAAGCCAUAUGGCGGCAAAUGAAUGUGCAAUAGAAGCUCUACUUCAACGGUUUUGGGAGGCUGAGAGCCUCUUAGAAGGUCCUGCAAUGUCAUUAGAAGAGCAAAAGUGCGAGAAACAUUAUGCAACCACAACCACUCGAAAUGCACAGGGUCGCUAUGUUGUGUGUUUACCGCGAACUGAAAAACCGGAGAGAGUCUUGGGAUUGUCAAAGGACAUUGCGGAUCGGCGUCUGCUAGGCGUAGAACGUCGACUAAAAAGUAACCCUGAAAUGGAACGAGAGUAUAAAAGGUUUAUGUUCGAGUAUGAGCAGCUGGGCCACAUGGUAAAACUCACCGAACCUGUUGACGACAGUAAACCGCAUUGUUACAUUCCUCAUCAUGCCGUGAUCAAAGAAACAAGCUCAUCCACUAAAGUUCGUGUUGUUUUUGAUGCAUCCUGCAGAACAACAUCGGGCUACUCAUUGAACGAUACUCUACUAAUUGGCCCAACAGUUCAAGAUGAUCUCCUCACUAUAAUCCUGCGGUUCAGAAAACAUUCGGUGGCGUUGGUGGCAGACGUCGAGAAGAUGUACAGACAGAUUCUGCAUAGUGAGAAAGACCGUAAACUUUUGCGCAUUCGUUAUCGAGGACACACUACCGACCCAAUAUCAACGUACGAGCUACAAACGGUGACUUACGGCACGGCUUCGGCCCCAUUUUUGGCCACUCGUACGCUGCAGCAGAUUGCACAUGAUCACAAGUCGGAGUACCCCAAAGCAGUUGACCCGGUACUUCAUGAUUUUUACGUGGAUGACUUGUUGACUGGGGCUGAUGAUGUUUCAACGGCCAUCGAGAUUCGAAAACAAGUGUCCUCAAUGCUAGAAUCGGCAGGCUUCUCGUUGAGAAAAUGGGCAUCGAACAUCCCAGAAGCGCUCGAGGGUGUUCCAAGCGUGGAUUUGGCCGCUAUUUCACUCCUAGAGUGGAAAGAAGAUCAGGCAGUUUCAACCUUGGGCCUGGUUUGGGAACCAUCCAGCGAUAUGUUCCGAUUUCGGGUGGAUCUGCCAUCCCCUGCAGAUGAGCUAACACGUAGUCUAGUGUUAUCAUACAUAGCCAGAAUAUUCGAUCCGCUUGGGCAAUUGGGACCAACGGUAAUACUGGCCAAGAUGUUUCUUCAACGUAUAUGGAGUAUCAAGCAAGACGGGAAAUCGUUGGAUUGGAAUCAAGCACUACCGGUAGAACUUCAAGAGGAAUGGAGGAAGUUCCAUGCAAAGUUGUAUUCACUACGUGAAUUACGAGUUCCUCGAUUUGUGGCACAAUCGUGUACCGAAAGUCUGCAGUUGCAUCUCUUUGCUGAUGCGUCUCAAGAAGCGUACGGAGCAUGCUGCUACGUGCGGGCAGAAUCGACACGGGGCACGACGGUCAGAUUGUUAGCAGCUAAGUCCAAGGAGAAGUGGCCUCAAACACCAACACUGAUGAAGGAGAACGAAGCAGACACCGAGGAGCGGUUGACGGUGUCAAAGAUUGUUACUAUCUCGACGACAUGCGACUUCAGCAAUGCACUCUUCGCACGAUAUUCAGCGUACGGCAAGCUGCGUAGAGUCGUAGGCUAUUGCUUGCGAUUUUACGCAAACCUGAGGGCGAGCCAAUCAUCUCCCGACGAGCGCGUAAAACAGGUACCAGAGCUAAAGACGCUAGCGGGUUCCGUUCCAUCGCUUACAGCGACGGAGUUGCAAAGUGCGGAACUAAGGUUGUGCCAGCUAGCACAACAGGACUCGUUUGAGGAGGAGUUGCAUGAUCUGAAACGAGGGAAGCAGGUGAACACGAAGUCGAAGCUGAAGUGGUUGUCUCCAUACCUCGAUUCACAGGGUGUGUUACGCGUUGGUGGCCGGCUGGGUAACGCCAACAUACCAGAGUCAACCAAGCACCCGAUUGUCCUCGCAGCAUCACAUCGGUUAUCAACACUACUGGCCGAGAACAUCCAUCGGCAGAAGAUGCAUGCAGGACCACAAUUCAUGCUGGCGACGAUCCGGCAGAAAUUUUGGUUGAUUGGAGGUCGGAAUUUGGUGAAGAGCGUGUACCAUCGAUGCCACAUAUGCUUCAGGAAUAAGCCGACUUUGGUGAAGCAGGCAGUAGCAGACUUGCCUGAAUCACGAGUGACACCAACUCGACCGUUUGCGGUGAGCGGUGUUGACUAUUGUGGCCCCUUUUUAAUAAAGUCGACGGGCAGUACAUAUAGAACUGGUGAGUGA